AGGCUGCGAAAGGAGACGCGCGCGGGGCUGGUGGUGGUGGUGGGGGGGGCGAGUGCGCCCCGCCUGGCAGCAAGAGGAAUUGCCGCUUCAGAGCAGCGCCUCCUUCGCCCCAGAAGGAGGGAGGGAGGAAGAGUGACUGGAAGGCGGGGAGGCAAGCGGAGAGGGGCUCCCUCCCGCUGCCGCUGCUGCUGCGCCUUCUCUGGGACUUCUCGCGUUCUGCCAGGAGCCAGGAUUAGCAACAGCCCAGAGGCCCCCGCAGUUCAGUUUACAGCGCGCUUGGCUGGGGCUGGGAGUGCCUCUGAGAGCAGAAGGGAUCCCUGCGCCUUCCCCCUCAGCCUCGCAUCCCUCCUAACCUGCUGCUGCUCCUGGAAAGUCACCAAAGGCUCUCCUCUCUCUCACUCUCUCUCUCUCUCUCUGUCUCCCGCCACGCUUCGCCAGAAAUGGAUUUGUUUUUGAGGCUCAUCAUGUGGUCCUGGCUUUACCUGGAGGCUUCAGGGGACUUUGACGGAAGGUGGCCCAGGCAAGUACUUUCCACGACUGGACUGUGCCGAUUUGGAGGCCGAGUUGACUGCUGCUGGGGAUGGGCUCGGCCCUCAUGGGGCCAAUGCCAACCUAUAUGUCAGCCAAGAUGUAAACAUGGUGAAUGUGUUGGACCAAACAAAUGCAAGUGUAACCCAGGGUACACUGGGAAAACAUGCAACCAAGAUCUCAAUGAAUGUGGACUGAAACCAAGGCCAUGCAAACACCGGUGCAUGAAUACCUAUGGCAGCUACAAGUGUUAUUGUCUGAAUGGUUACAUGCUUAUGCCAGACGGAUCAUGUUCCAAUGCUCUCACGUGUUCCAUGGCCAACUGUCAGUACGGUUGUGAUGUAGUCAAGGGAGAGGUGCGUUGCCGCUGUCCUUCUCCAGGGUUACAAUUAGCACCCGAUGGUAGGACUUGUGUAGAUGUUGAUGAAUGUGCCACCGGGAGAGUUACCUGUCCCCGAUUCAGGAAAUGUGUCAACACUUUUGGAAGCUAUAUUUGCAAAUGCCAUAAAGGUUUCGAUCUGAUGUACAUUGGAGGAAAAUACCAGUGUCACGAUAUAGAUGAAUGCUCACUCGGCCAGUAUCAGUGUGGAGGUUUCUCGCAGUGUUACAAUACACAGGGAUCUUACAAGUGUAAAUGUAAGGAAGGAUACAGAGGUGACGGAUUGAACUGCAUAACUAUUCCCAAAGUUAUGAUUGAUCCGUCUGGCCCAUUUAGUGGAUUUAAGGGCGAUACCACCUUUCCUAAAGGCAGCAAUGGCAUGACCAAUAGGAUACCUGAAAUUGGAGGCACAAGGCAACCCAUCAAGCCAUCCCAUAUACCAGCCAUAGUUACGGCAAGACCUGCUCCAAAGACAACAUUGAGGCCUACUCCAAAUCCAACCCUGAAGCCAACACACAAGCCAGUUACCAGGUUUGUAACAAAGCCUGCAACAACAAGACCAGCUCUGAAGCCCGUGACAAGACUUCCACUAGUGACAAGACCUCUGCCAGUCACAAGGCCACCAACACCACCUCCAACGCCGCCUAGGCCUAUAACAACCAGAACACCUCCAACCAAAGAGCCACCAAAUGUUCCUGAUGCAACGACACCUCGUCAGGGAUCUACAGUUGACAACAGAAUACCAAUUGAUCCUCAGAAACCCCGAGGGGAUGUGUUUAUUCCACGCCAGCCUGGAGUGAGCAAUAAUCUCUUUGAAACUUUUGAAAUUGAAAGAGGGAUUACUGCAGAUGAAGAUGAAGCAAACGAUGAUCCAGGUGUUCUGAUUCAUAGCUGUAACUUUGAUAAUGGACUCUGUGGGUGGCUCAAGGAGAAAGAGGAUGAUUUACACUGGGAACCUGUUAGAGACUCCUCAGGUGGACAGUAUUUAUCUCUCUCUGAACCUAAAGGAAAAGCGGGACGAGUAGCACGUCUGGUCCUUCCACUUGGCCAUUUAGCUCACUCGGGGGAUCUGUGUCUGUCCUUCAGGCAUAAAGUGUCUGGGCUACAUUCUGGUUUGCUUCAAGUCUUUGUAAGGAAGCAUGGCGCUCAUGGACCAGCAGUUUGGGGAAGGAAUGGUGGUCAUGGCUGGAGACAAACACAUAUAACCUUGAAAGGAUCUGGCAUCAAGAGUGUGAUUUUCAAAGGCGAAAAAGGAAAAGGAAGAACCAGGGAAAUUGGAUUAGAUGACGUGAGCUUGAGAAAAGGACUCUGCUCCCAAGACCAUUAGUGGUACAGAUAGAUUGACAAAAGACAUCCUUUUAUUUCCCAUGCCUCUUGGCUGAGAAGGUCGAUGACUACUUUUCACUUGUCCGCUUUGUGAAACCCUGAUGAACCUUCAUUUAAAUAAAGCCAAUUUUCUGUAAGGGCAAAGUAAGUUCAAGCCAACAUUGGGUAGUUCCAUUAACAAAUUUCCAGAUCACGCUGAGUAUGUGAUGAAGGCAUGCUGAAUGCCUAAUUAAGGAUAUACAACGUUCUUUAUGAAGAAAAACAGACUGUGGCUAGAGCUCAUCAAAAGGAGUCUGGUACAAACAGCAGUUCCAUUAUAUCAGCUUCUAACUUUUCCAUUUUGCUGGUUAUACUGUGUACUGUGGAGCUGGCUCAUCUUCAUAAAUUGAAACUAACUCAGGCCUAAACCUGAAUCUUGCUUGUUCUACCGCCAUUGACUUUUAAAGAAGGGUGUUAUAUAUAUAUACAAAUAGCAUUUAUUCUUUUGUUGUAUCUUAUUAACAAGAGACAUUUAUGAUAGAGUAAUCCCUGCAUCCCUUAAUAUUGGUAGUGCUGUGUUCUGUAUAAAUGUGUAUGGUUAUUAAUAUAUUUAUAUGUGUUGUGUAUUUACAGAAUCUAGUUGCAAGAUAAACAACAACUGUGCAUGCCCAAAUGAAUCUAGAGUUCACAAUCCUACACAGAUAGUCAGGGAAGGAGUGGCCUCGUCACAAUUCAUUUGUCACUCACAAAUUGCUAAACAUUCUCCUUUUGUCUCUAAAUUAGCAAACUAUUUAAUGUAGCUACAAAAAAGCACAAUCAUCUUCCCUGAUUGAAGUUGAGUCCUGAGCAGAUGAGAAACCGAAGUAAAUAAGCAGCAAAUAACAUGGUUUGCAUGUGGUAUGUCUGGGAAGCCUAAACUAUGGUGUGAGUUCUGUGGUUAGCCCAGAGCAUUGUUUAAUGUUCUGGCUGAACACUUGAAGCUCAACACAUGAUUGGUGUGUCGAGCCGGGAGGGGUUUGGUGGGGAGUGCGAGUCAAGCCCACUCUCCCCACACCCAGCAGUUGAGCCCUGGGCAGCUGGAUCAACUGCCCACACAAUUACCAGCUCCGUCAUGGAGCCGGUUGGGGUUGCGGAGAUUGGGGGCCACCUGGCCCCUGGAAGUCCCAGAAUGUCCCACGCAAGUGCACAGGGCAUUUUGGGGAGACUCCCGAGGCCAGGAGUCUCCUUGUGAGUCUCCGUGGCACAGAGCUGCACUGCAGCAACUCAUGAUCAGGAAAACGGGGGUAGUGGAGUGUUUGCUCCGCUAACCUGGUCUAAGGGGAGAGCUAUUUUGGCAGGCUAGCCACUGUUGAACCACUGGGCUCACCCAUGAGCCCGGUACUUCUCAUGAUGGGGGGAAACUGGGCUGGGCUCCCUUAGCCUCGUCUCCCUCCAUCGUGAGAACAGCCUCAUUGAAUUCAGUUUUAUUUCAAUUUAGUCCAUCGUUAACUUAUUUCAUAGAAUGGUGCAACUUCUUUUGCUGUGUUUCUUGGACACAAUGACUAAAUAUACUGGCUGACAUUCUGAUUAAAUUACUUGACGAAAGCCCUACUGAAAUCAAGUAGUCCUUUAGAGUAACUCCUGAGUAGUAAUAUUGAAUAACUUGGUCCAGCUCUCAGACUCUAUUUGCGGAGCUAAUAAUCUCAUGAUUUGGGCAGAAACAGUGUUUAUCAAGGUGCUUGAUGUUUGUUUUUUAUUGUCUAAAGUUGCAAUCUUAAGGGUGCACACAGGGGAGUUUUUAAAGUUUCUCCGGCAUCCAAUUGCACAGCUAAAUGGGCAAGUUGCUUUUUAAGUUUUAAAUGUAGCUUGCCUUUUAAGCUACGCAAUUGGCUAGAGUAAAAGUAAGACAGCUCUGGCUGUGGGUAGGAUUGUAUGCACAUAGGUUUGUAGGACUUCAGUUCAAAUGCAUUAUGGAUUGCUAAAAUGUACAACCCUAUGCUGAAUUUUUCUGCGUGGGAAGCAAUUUAAAAUGGGGGGGGCAAGAUUUAUUUUCACUGUUAUUUGAGGGUUUUUUCUUAGACCAAAUACCAUCUUUCUAUUUUGAGACUUGUUUUAUAAGUGUAGCUGUGAUUGUGUCAUUAUAAUGCCAUGUUCAGUCUUAAAACAUAAAAGAGUAGAUUGAAGACAAUGGUCACAGUCCUGCAAAAUUUAUUCAUGUCUCAUUCCUCUUGAAAAUGAUGCGAUUGGACAUAGUUGCAACUUAAGUCCCAUUGAUUUCAACAGGACCUAGUGAUUAUUAACACAUGCCAGAUUGUACCCAAUAUUAAACCCAUUUCCCCCCAUUUUUUUAAUAAGCCAGUAAUAUGUAAGUUAUUAGCUCAGUCUUAUCUUCUGUCAAAGCUAUUUCUAGUUGAAAUCCAAGAACAAGAUCUGAGCUGAUACAGUACAACAGAAGAAUGUUUUGCUCACGCAAGUUGGGGAGGGGUGAUUUUCAGCAAUCCCACUUAAUAAGAACAGCCCUGCUGGAUCAGGCCAAAGGUCUAUCUAGUCCAGCAUCCUGUUCCACACAGUGGCCCAUCAGAUCCCUCUCAGAAGCCCACAGGCAAGCGCUGAGGGCUUGCCAUCUCUCCUGCUGUAUCUCCCCAGCAACGGGUAUUUAGAGGCAUCUUGCCUCUGAAAUUAGAGGUGGCCUCUUGCUUGCUUCUUUCCUUUUUAUUGCCCUGAUGCUCUGAAAAUAUGUCCCUGAGGGACUCUCAAUCUUCAGGGAUAUAUGGGGGUAGGAUUAAUGGCAGCAGAAAGAAAGGGGGUUGCUGAAAGCCACUCCCUUUCUCUUUGCACAGUGAGACAUCCUUAUCGUAUGCAGCAUUCAUCUGUCCUACUCAAAGAAUAGAUUCAGUCCAAUGGCACAAACCAUGACACAGGCCACAAUCUGGAGUUCUUUGAGUUGCACCUAAAGUUUGUACCCUUCUUGUACAUUAGAACAUCUGAUUUUUCUCUUUUGUAUCACAGCCUCCUACACUGUAUCACCAUCUGAUUUUGAAACUAUCCAAAAUUUCCAAAGCAGUUUGCCUCAUUGUGCCAGGGGCUGUGGUUUCUUUGAGGGAGGGGGCCAUGGAGGGUGAAAUUCAAACACUCCUGUACUUGCAGGAAGCCAGUCAUGUGUUUUUUCUGGAUUGUGGCCAAACACAGAUAUGCAAUGCCGUCCUAUGCACGUUUACUCAGAAAGAAGUUCCUCUAUAUUCAGUGGGGCUUACUCCAAAGAAAGCGUGCUUAGGAUUACAGCCUCAGUAAUAUUCUGACAGUAUUAAAAUGUUUAUUUAUCAUGGGCCCAGGACAUGCUAUAUCAUAGAAGGGUCAUUGUGCUUGCCAGCAGUUUUAAGUAUUUUAUUGUAGCCUUAGAAAGCAGUGCUUUUAAAAAUGUUACAUGAUCAAAUAAUAUUAAGUGCUGGUUUGGAUGAGUCCACAUGAUUAAAGGGGGAUGCACUGAGUGUGUGCCUAUUGUGUGACCUCUUUCAUGGAUGCGCCAGCACCCUGGUACAUCCCUUUACUGUAUGUGGGGGCAGGGCUGUCCCUAGGGGGAUGCAAGGCCCAGGGCAGGGCAGGGAGUUUAGGGCUCCUUAACAGAGUGGUACAGGAGUGGCCAUUUAACACUGAAAUGGCCCGCAUGGGCCAUUUGGAACUUAAAUGGCUCAGAUGGGUGCCUCUCACUGUCACCUCUCAGCUGAAAGGUGCCCACACAGGCCAUUUAAGCGUUAAAAGGCAUGGGGCCUGGAAUAGCAUGGGGCAAUAGGAAUGCUUCAUGGGCUGGGAGUCUGCUUGGGUAGAGCCCUGAUUUGCUCUACCCAAAGGACAGCCCCGUGGAGCAGGGAGCUGUUCAGCUAAACAGCAGCUCUACAUGUGAUCCCAAAACCAGUGUACUAUACUGUGUUGCACGCAGAGUGGACAAACAGCACCCCCCCAUGCAAUAAAGAGAUGUGCCAGAGGGGGAUUGGACUUCUGCGAAAGAUAUUAUGAUGGGAGUAGACUCAGCCUCUCCUCCUUUUAGUUGCAUGAGCUGGGGAAGUAUUGAACAAACCACCCUAUGUGGACUAUUCAUCAAUAUAAUAUCAGACUGGGCCUGGGUUUCCAAUGCACCCUCCCACCCACAAGAGCUUCCCCAUUAGAUUAAUGGAGGAACUCUGAAUCUGCAGAGCUGCCUCACAUAUUGCAAUGCAUGGGAUGCCUGCUCACAUACAAGGUUUGUGUGUGAGACAAGAGUUCACAGGGAGCUUCGGAUGGGGGUGUUUUUCUUUUAACCUAACAGUGGCUGGCAUGAUGCUCAGAGGCUGUUCUCAUGCACAGCGUAACCCAGGCUAGGGAAGCCCAGCCUGGGUUAGGCUGUGCAUAGGAACCGCCAGGAUUGGGCCCAACCCUGGGAGGGCAGAUCUGCCUAGCCCGGCUUUUUAGCCUGGCUGUUAGCCUAGGUUAAGGGAGCAAGGCCUGCUGCUUGUGUGUGAGCACGGGCUGCUUCCAGGCUGGCCACACAUGGAGACAGGAGCCUAGAGUGUCUGUCUUCCGGAGGAAUCCUCCAAUGCACUGCGCUUGGUGCAUGGUGCAUUGUGGGAUUCCUGGAGGCCGGGAUGCGUUGUCCUGGCUCUCCGAAAUGAGAUUGUGGGGGAGUGCAGACAGCAUUUCCACCAACAAUUGCGCAAUCAUCUGGGUGGGGGGGAAGGUGAGUAAAGUCAAGCCUUCCCCACCCCACCCCACCCCCACCUGCCUGGUUGUGCAAAUGACCUCACCGUAACACUCUGCCCCAAUAGCUUCUGCAAACUCCUAAGGCAGCCCUGAUACAGUUAAGAAUGGGUGGUAGGGCAAGCAUUGUCAUGAAUGGGGAAACCUGCAUUAGUGCUACCUACACUAAUGCCUGUUCUACCUGCACUGAUGCCUUUGGAGUCUGCCACAGCCCCAGGGUGCAGCAUUACAGGUCUGUAAUGCUGCACAACAUGUCAGCCACUAUUCUCCAUACACAUUGGUUGAUGUUAAGCAGAGUAAUGUGGGUGGUGCUGAUCACUGUGAAGCCCUGGCGCCUGCUCUCUGAAAGCGCUAGCUGUUAGAUCAGAAACACAUUAUUUGACCAUCAGCAACAUGUUUUUGCUCUAACCAGUGCUUCUGGAGUAUGGGCACACUACUCAAAGUAUUUGUGCUCUUGUGCAAAAGCAUCAGAACUGGGGUUUCACUGUGUGGUUUCAUACACUCGAUUUCGAGCGAGAACUGCUCCUUAACUCUAAUGGCUAUAGAAUGGCACCAUCAGGUCCUCUUUAAGAGGAGAUCUCUGUGUGUGAGUUUUGGAAGCAUGCCAAAGGAGGGAAAUGGAUGCAUGAGUUCCUUGAGCAUCUGCUUUUCAUGCUUUUGGUGUAAUAGCCAAAAGCGGGAAAUCACAAAUCUCUUUUGUGGUGAGGUGCACACUCAUUCAGCUCCCCACUGGAGAAACAAGUGACUUUCCAUUUGAAUGUUUACACGCUGCACAAAGAGCAGAUGCAAAGUCACAUGUGCAGCUGCCUUGCCACUUCAGGGUAUCAUCUGAAGACAGCCUCGUUUGAUGCGCCAAACUGUUUUUCUACCUAGAAAUGUGUUUUUCUGUCAUUUUAAUUGUCAGCUUGAUUGACCUAACCUUAAUUUGGCUUCCAGUUUGAUCAGAUUAAAAACAAAACUGCUGCCUCUCCAUACAUCCAUUUUCUCUCUAUUGGGCUGAUUCUUCCUCUUCUCAUGCUAGGUUGUGGAUAAUAACUGCUUCUCUGGUAAAGCUGCACUGUGGAGAUAUAGUUAUGAACAAGCUUAAAGGAGACAAUAUAUACAACAGAACCUGCCACUGUUGGUCACAUCAAAGCAUGCACACAAUGGGUGACAGUCCGAGAGUCAAUGGAACUGUGCCCAUCAGUACAAGCUCCUUCUGUUCAUGCAAGGAGUUUGCACUGAUGGAGCAACAUGCCAUGAACUCUUGAGAUGCCACCCAAUAAUUUUGCACAGUGGCCUUGGUCCAGCCAUAUGUGUGCUGCAUAAGGUUUUCUGCAUUAGCAGUUGAAUAAGAGUGGGUGGCAAUGUGUAUUGUCAUAUGUAUUGCAAUGAGAUUGGGAAUGCAUAGCCAGAUGUUUAAUAGCUUGUGAGCUGCCUUCACACUAGGUGGGUUCUAAAUGCCUGGAUCUAUACAUAAGGAAAAUGAUCGAAAUGCAGUGUGAACAUUGAUGCACAUCUGGGCGAGCACAUCUGCAUCUGAUCUGGGUGUAUGGAUGCCUGCUAUGUGAGUGGACCUUGUUUGCUGGACAUUUCUGAACAGCAUCAGGACUGCCUUAGGAGUCCGCAGCACCCCUAGGGCUAAGCAUUACAGGACAUUUAAAAUGUGGCCUGAUGAUGGCCACAGACAGAUAAUGGCCUGCAGAUGUGUAUAUAAAAUGAAUUCAUAUUCCCCUUCUUCCUGUAAUUUGGUGACUUCAUGGCUGGGUCAAAACAAAGGCUCCUUACUUCUACCAGAAGAUAUUAUUUGUAGUGCCAACAAACCAAUAUUGCACUAAGUUCAAAUAGAACACAUGAUCAAUCAUACUGUAGAACAUCUUGCCGGCUAAUAAUUUUAAAAGUAAAUGUUUAAUUCCUCCCCCCCUCCGGAAAAUGGAUUCAAAAUAAAGAUACCUUUUUAAAUUUA